AUGUUAAUCCCAAGACUCACUAAAUUAAAUUUAUUAUUGAUUCCGCGUUCAGCUCGGUUAUUAGCCACACAAGCUGACCAGCAAACAGAUAAUGCGGGGCCUGUAGUUUUCCAAAAGCUGACGGGGCCCGAUAAGGGUAUCGUGCUGUAUGGACUCAACAGCAACAAGGAUCGCAAUUCCCUAAGUUUCAGCAUGAUCGAGGCAAUGAGAGAAGUAAACCAAAUAAUUAGAGAAGAUAGAAAGAUUUCUGUUGUAAUACUUCACAGUAUGAUACCAAAGAUAUUUUGUGCUGGUGCAAACUUAAAGGAGCGCUUUAAAAUGACAAAUGACGAAGUGAGCAAGUUUGUAAGGAUACUGAGAACUACUCUAACUGAAAUGGAAGAGUUGCCUAUGCCAACUAUAGCAGCCCUUGAGGGAGUAGCAGUUGGUGGGGGCCUAGAACUCGCCCUGGCUUGUGACAUCAGGAUAGCAUCGGAAACCGCUAGGCUAGGCUUAGUGGAGACUAGCAGAGGGCUCAUUCCCGGUGCUGGUGGUACUCAGAGACUGCCCAGAGCUGUUAAUCUCAAUAUUGCCAAGGAAUUGAUUUUCACUUCCAGAAUUAUUAGUGGGAAGGAAGCAAAAGAGUUAGAUCUGGUAAACCAUGUCGUACCACAGAACAGCAACAACAAUGCCGCUUUAGAAAAGGCCAUGGAAAUUGCACGUGAAAUUAAUAUCAAUGCUCCGAUAGCUCUACGCUGUGCUAAACAAGCUAUCAAUGAAGGUAUCCAGUUGAGCAUCAAGGACGGCUAUGAAGUGGAGCAGAAGUGCUAUGAGAUUAAUAUACCUACUAAAGAUAGACAGGAAGGCAUGAUCUCUUUCUUAGAGAAGAGAAAACCAGUCUAUGAAGGGAAAUAA